AUGAGCGCAGCAAUACUCGCCAAGAUCCCCAAGCACGCGCGCCUCGUGGUCCGGCGCGCAAACGAGGACGGGUCGCUGGACCGUGGGGAGCUGACCAUGUCGGCUGCGCGGCUGGCGGUGUGCAAGAGCCUGGGGCUGGCCCCUGGCGCUUUGGACGGUGCAGACGCCAAGAGUGCCGUCAAGAGCGCGAUCAGGGAAGCUAUCGAGAGUCUAGAGGACGGCAACGACGAUGAGGAAGAAGGUUCUGUGGCCGAGGGGUCCAAGUCGAGCGAGGAAGACGAGCCGCCUGCACGCAAACCGACCAAGGCUGCGACGACUAAGCCGCGAGCACCAAAAGGCCGCAAGAGCGCGGCUACUGUGUCUGAUAACGAGUCUGAAGAAGAAAAGCCUAAGGCUGCGAGCCGGAAGAAGAUAACGAGGCGCGAGGAGACUCCCGAGGUGGAGGUCAUCGAGGUCCCCGGAAGCCCUGCAUCUUCAGUCAUGUCGAGUGUGUACGAUGAGCCACAGAAGAAAGGCAAGGCCAAGACGAAACCGCGCUCCGCGUCCGUGUCGUCGGCCAUGUCCAGCGUGUACGACGAGCCGCAGACGAAGCGCAAGGCCAAGGAACCCAAGGCCACGGCCGGCAAGGCGAAGAAGGCGAAGAAGGAUCCCAAUGAGGGGCUGUCAGCGGACGAGGUGCGCGUGAACAACUUGAAACGGAUGGUGCUGGCGUGCGGAGUGCGGAAGAUGUGGACAAAAGAACUGGCAAAUUGCUCCUCCCCCCGCGAAGAGGCGAAGCACAUCGUCUCCCUGCUAGAGUCUCUAGGCAUGGAGGGCAAGCCGACGCUGGCCAAGGCCAAGGCUCUCAAGGAGCAGAGAGAGCUUGCGUCCGAACUGAACGACGUCAAGCAGUUUGAAGCGUCGCGUGGGCUGUCAGCACGGGGGAGUGGCGGACGUUCCCGGCGCUCUGCGGUCGCGGCAGGCUCAUCGUCUGAAGGCGAGAACGGCACAAAGGACAGCUCCGCCAUGGCUGCCGUCAUGGACUUCCUCGGGGGCGAUAGUGACAGCGACUAGGCCGCUAUUGUCGCCUUGUGUAACAUGUAACAGAUGCCACUAAGUGUCUGGUGCACUCGAAACAGAGAGUUUGAAGGUGCCCUGAG